UGAGCUACAUCGUCAGAGCAUCGCUGGCUGCGUUGCGUCGAGGGGCUCUUGCGGGCUUACUUUAUUAAUCUAGGUUGCUUUCAAUAGCGAUUUGCGUACCUAGAAAGAGUCUAGCCGGCGGUAAUGGUCACCUUAGUGCUGUUAAAUAGUAGGUAGCAGUCUGACAGCACAAAAUAAAGGUACGCCUACUUCACUGUCGCGCCUGACUAUAGUUCUACAAUCACAGUGCCUAUUGACACCGACUACGGCAAAUCAUCUCUGGCUACCAAAAUAUUUUAAUUCCAGAUCAGAAAAACCUUUUAACGGAAGUUACGUCUUGAUGUGCGACGGGUUACUAGCGCCAUACUAUUACACAUUCCAUGCUAUCGUCAGGCAAGCGGUAACAGUGAAGUAGUAACAAAAAGUGAAGUUGACAAGUUUGUGUCUUAAUUAAGUUACCUUGUCGUGUUAUUCAGUUUACGCUCGUGUUCCUGUUACAAUCGGAUCUUAUUACUAUUGUGUGGGUUUGUGUUCGUCCGUGCCUUUACUGGUCGAAGUUGCGGGAGUUACCUGCCCGCUCUAGCCAAGGAUUCUUAUCGUGUACAGCGACACGCGAUGUGGUGAUGCGGUUGCCCCAAGGGGUACUAACUUACAUUAGCAAGGUACUCGACGGAGAAACCAAAUUGAUGACAAGAAAAUUCCCGAGGAAACUACUGCCACCGCUUCCGCCACCGUCGCUGUAGCUGUUUUUGCUCUCUUUUUUUUUUUUUGUUAUAGUCUCUCUCUUGCUCGUCAUGUCACUUAUGCGUGAAUGCGUGAGAAGGAAGAGAACCUACAAAUUUAGUACAGUGUAGUAUCAUAAGAGCUCGUAGCAGCGGUGGUGACAAUGAUGCCGCGGUUGUUGUUACCAAGGCGCCGUCGAUUCCUUGGAUAAUAUCGAUUGCACCAGUUACCAAAACGGUGGAACCGCGGCGGAACGCUAGCCUGAGUAGCGUGGGACACAGCGGUGGGGCAAUUAGCGAAAAAGCGCUGGAUAGAUGAUCGAAUAUUGUACACUGCUUGCGUCCGUAACGUUUUUGUUACUAGGCAUACGAUGCUCAUAUUGAUGUGUGCACAUGAUUUUCACAUUGUUACACAGGAGCGAAGAAAGCCCGACUAGUGUGUGUGUGUGACGUUCCGACGUGGUGUGUUAACUGACCCCUCUGCCAGAGGUGAACGAAAUCUUCGCUGAGUGCAUUAUCGCGUGCACUGUCUCGAAGUGUACUAAUACUCUUUCCGUCGAAGGCUGACGUGUACGAAAAACAAUAAGCGAUGGCGUACAUAAACAUUGCUGAAUGGAGUCCCGAGCAUGUUGCCGACUGGCUGCGCGGUCUCGACAACAUGAUCAUUCCGUACGUACACUUUUUCUUGAAUAACCGAAUCGACGGGCAUCACUUACUGACGCUCGGGCCGGACGAUCUCGGCAAGCUAAACAUUACGAAAAUCGGCCACCAGGAACUAAUACUCGAGGCCGUUAAUCACCUACGGCAGUUACACUACAAUCUUAUCACGGAGAACCUGCAGUCGUUGGCCCUCAAAGUGGGCUGUCAUGCUCGCAGCCUUCACAAUGAAAUCCAGGUCCAAAUUUUGACGGGCCAGAGCGACUCACAGGCAAAGAAAGUCAAUACGGAGAUUUUGGCUGCGGCCUCGGAACUAAUCGUGGCCGUGAAGCAGUUCAUUUCGUGGAUUGAUCGCCCACCAUUCAAGGGUCAGGACAAGUAUUUCAAGAUCAGAAAGACUGUACUUCAGCUCUCGCUUGAGCUCGCCUCGACAGCGCAGCGUGAUCAUUUCGCCGAUAACCCAUUAGAGUUUAUCAAGCAGAAAUGUCUCUGCCUGGCCGAGCUAAGUGACUUCAUCGUACAGGAAUAUUCAGACUCGUUGAUAAUACAGCCCGCAUCCCUUGACGUCGUCACGGCGAAGAAGUCGGCCAAAGAUGAUGACUGGGGGAUGCAGAUCACGUCGAAAUACAGCGGUGUACAUAUUGUCGGCAGCGUCAAAUACCAGAGUCCAGUGCAGCUUUGCGCAAAAGUUGAGGAGGGUGACGAAAUUGUCCAGGUAAAUUACCAAACCGUACUCGGCUGGAGCCUCGAUCAUCUGACGUACAUACUACAGGAUCGUAAGACCGAGGUAACUUUGACAUUGAAAAAGCGGCCGCGUCAUUCCAAUUUGCUUGGGCAAAUUAUUUGCCUCAAACCGUACAAAAUACCUGUAAAUAAAAUUGGCUAUGAAAAACAACAGCUUAACAUUCCCGAAGAGGGUUUUCCUAGCAACCUUGAACCCGAACCGUCAAGUCCACGGGUGCUACGAGAAGUAGAGGCUGAUGACGACGCCUUUUUACCCCCCGAAGACAAGGCUACUUCCGAUCAAAAUGUUGUAUCCCGAUUACGAUCGCAGGUCAAGAACCGCCGCACGACCAUCCAAAGGCGAGCCACUGUCUCAGGGGCAUCGCCUACAGUGAGUAAGGCCCCAGUGAGCUUCGAAGAUCUGGUUGAUGGCCCCACCGUCGACGGUUCUUCAAGUGGCCAGCACAAGUGCAAAAAAGCGGUGAAAGAUCACGUCACUCGGAGUAUCUCUCAUGAUCCGUGCCACGGUCAGCAAUCGCCGGCAAUCGACCCAGCGACUACACGCCGCUUGCUCACGCCACCGCUAAAGCAUACCAAGAUGGAGUUUCGGAAGUUAACUGUUCCACAUGUUCCACCCAGUCCAAAUCUUCCUUCACCACUUAAGAAAAUUUUUGCUAGUCGCGUAGUGUCCAGCGAGUCUCUUCUACCUGCAGAUCGACAUGGCUGGCUUUUUGUUCGGCCGCGAAGCUGCCCGAAAAAGUGGCAUAAACGAUGGGCUAUGCUGAAGAGCUCCUACCUCUACCUAUUUAAGAGUCGGCACGAGGCCCGUGCCGCGAGUCUAAUAUUUUUACCAGGCUUUUCGGUACAGUCAGCUCCAGAGUGUAGCGCUAGCAGAUUUGCGUUCAAACUCGAGCAUCCCACAGUUACGUUCACUCUCGCCGCAUCUGAUCAUGGCGACAUGCUGAACUGGCUAAAGAAACUUCAGGAGCACGCCAACGCCAAGCAGCACUCAGAGAGUGAUAUCGAACGCAAUUCCGUGAUGCCAGAUCAGACAGUGUACUAUUCAGAGAGUGAAGAAUCGAAUCCGGAUAGCGGCGAAGAAGAGCCCGGUGAGGCGGGUGCAACACGCGGCGCUCCUACAACUGGUGGAGCUACUGUUAGUGGGGGUGCGUUGUCGUUUGCCGGCGAUACUAAGCAGGUUAGCAACGCCCCAUCGGACCGACCGAGUCAGCCGAGAGACAACCCAAAACCCAAGCCUCGAACAAUUUUCCUGUCGUCGACUCUGCCUAGAAACCAGAACACCUCCUCGAUAAGUCUUCCGACCACGCCGUCCAAGCCGCUCCGACACAGAAACUCGGAGCACCGUGCACCGGGCCGUGAAAAUGACGAGCCCAAACAGCAGACGUGGCUACGACCACUCGAGGGUCCACCUGACGUUACAGAGGGAAUGUUUAAGAAGGCGCAACAACAGCAGGCUGAACGUAAUAAGCUAAAGCAGGUGGCUCAACCCGUCCUCAAGCUGAGGACUUCAGGAGAGCCAACGACCGGCAGCCAAAGCAAUCACACGCCGCCGGCUAUCCCGCCCCGGUGUGCCACCUCCCAGCAGAUCAAGGAGCUCUACCUCAAUCGCGGGUGGGGUAGUGGAGCUAAGAUUGAUGACACUAGCCAGGACCACAUCUACGUGACGAGACUCGAAGCUACAGGAGCGCCAGGAACAUUUCGGCCACCGCCGCCAAACAAGCCGGAUAUUCUAGCUGGAACCAACGACCAUCAUCACGAGAAAAGGAUUUAGAAGAAAAAGGCGAGAUACAUAUCUGUGUGACCCUUUGGAUUGUUGUUCCCCCAGCUGAUCGACCAUGAUCAAGUCUGGUGGCAAUGUCAUCAAUACACAUAUUUUUUUCGACAGAACAGCACACGCUAGUGUUUGCUAAGGGCCAACAAGAAACAGUACAAUUAAUUAACCGGCGAUGCUCAGUUGGACGCAAUUAGAAAUCGACUUUUAUUCUUAAUCAUACGAUACCAUUGUGUGACAGGUUGAAGGAUUAAUGGACAAGCGACCGAGCGGUCGUUUUGUGUAUACAUAUUUACUGUGUAUAGAUUUCCACGCCACACAAGUGGUCGGCGCAUCUAAGGCUAACGUUUACGCCAAUCGUUCGCCUAUAGCUGCUGAGUUGUUAGAUGCUAUCGUAUAAAGCCAAUCCAAUUGCGGAUUCGAAAUAUGCUCACAUGAAUGGUUCUAUGAUGGCUGUAGAUUGGGCGACAGGUAGAGAUAGAAAGAAAGAAGACUCCAACAACCGCUUACUAUAGCCAGCCAAAAGUUUAGAGCGCAAAGGAAGACAUUUGUGGACAAAUUAAAGAGACGAUUAAGAUCAAUACACAAGAUGUUUUCGUCUAUUUGGGUAAAGUGGUGUCGAAGAGAGGCAUAUAUGAGAUGAAGGCCCCAUUAAAACAGUGAGAGAUUCUGGAGGAGACAAAGCUGUCGAUUUAGAGAAAGAGAUGUGUUUGCCUAGUUUUUUUUAUAUGAGCUGGUUAGCCCUAGAGUAGAACAGGGCCGAACAUAUUUUGUCUGGUUCACAGGUUACCUUCACACGUCAGUUCAAACUAUGGGCAGACCUGGAGAGGUUUUUACAAAUAGUCGCAUUUGUUUAUCACUAUCAUGGCGUGCUGUCUCCCGAAGAUCUACAUGAAUUUUUAGUGGUUUCCUUUUCGCCAGUCGGACCCAAUCACUAGCACCGUCUAACAGUGUUGUUCUAGCGUUAAUCGUUGUUUAAACAUUUUGCUUACAUUGCUCAAAGCACUCUUGCCUUCAUUUUGUAUUUACACUAACAAAGAUUCCCCAUAUCAUUAUACCUAUAUCAAACCGAAUAUACAACUAAAUGCCCCAUAUUUCGUAUACUCAUUACAUAGAACUAAGUACAUUUUUUACGAUCUUUCUCGCGGUGUUCUUCUUCUGCUGCUAGACCAUGAGAAAUAAGGGACUGCAAAUCGCUUCAAUUCCACUGAUCGAAUUCAUACAGGUCGAUGAGUUGGGUCGGAAAUACCUUUCAGUGUGUCCAUUUAUCAAAACCUCCAUUGAUCAUCCUUCGUCGCUUGCCUUCGUUGUUGAAUUCGGACAAUAACGACAACUACCUUUGCUAAACUUAAAGAAAGUUUAGCAAAAGUGUCUUGGGUGUCUGUAGUCCCCUAUUGAAUGUACAAAGUCAAUGCACGUUUCAUAUCGUUCAUAAUCCGCUACCGCAGUCCCCGGCUUUUCAACUCUACCACAGCACCAUCAUCACUAUAACUCUAUAAUGCACAAACCUGUACCCGUCCUUUGAACAUUUACGAGAUGUUCGUGUCCUCCAGUGGAUUUGGAAUACAUUCAUAAUACUGUGAGAAUUCUUCAAGUAAUAAUCUUCUGUAGAGGUAAUAAUAAUAGUAGUAGUCUUUAGUAUUAAAGUAUAUUUUUUCCUAUGACAUAAAUGUCAUUGUGUCAGCGAUACGACAUCAAUUGAUUGUGCUGAAUUCUUCCAUAUAUAUAUAUGAUGGAGUUUGACCGACUGAUAUAUUAUAGGGUCAUGCAUAAAUCAGUUUUUCCUGCCAAGCGGCAGUCACCUCAGUCGAGUCUGUCCUACAGACGCACAACCGUGCGCCAAGCGAACGUGAGUCUGUCACUUCUUCAAACUCUUUCAAACUAAGCGGGAUUUAAAUGGCCAUAUUGUUUUUCGCUAUUUUGCUUUGGCAGGACAGUCGCAUUAUUACUAGCUGCGUUUUUCAAAAGGGAUCUUACCGUAGCAUAGCGGCGGUCAGCGAUCCGAAGGUGCAAGGGAGGGGGUAUCUAGGAGUGAGUCUGUACCUGUGCGGGUGUGUCGAUGUGCAUAGGUCUGAUGUCACCAUUACGAUUACUAGCAUACAAUGGCUAUUAUUUGGCGUUGAUAUUGUUAUUACUUUGGUCGCCUGGUGAGCUAGCUACCGUGCUGCUACUAGACUUUGUAGAACGCUUUCUCUCUCUCUCUCUCUCUCUCUCUCUCUCUGCAAUUUUUGACAGACAUUUGCCGGCCGAUACAGUUUCAGUAUGGCCUGCGGAAAAAAGUGCGGCAGCGUCAAAAGUUGUUGCGCCGCUGUUAUUUUUUGUAUGACGUCGUUCUGUCUUGUACAACCACGUAGACAUACGCGCAACUAAAAGAAAAUAUCAUUACUAGGAAAAAUAUAUAGGAAAAGACGACAACUCUAUAGUACACGCACAGUUUAUGAUAAGGAACUCAAUCCGAUAGCGGUGGUUUAAUGUUUGCGGGGAAGGAUACACAUAUCAUAUGUAAUAAAGUUAUAUAAAGUAGAGGGACAAGUCGACAUGGGUUGAAAUUGACAAAUAUAGGGGUCCACUGAAACCAUUAUACUCUCCACCGUUUUGUCACUUAGCUGCGACUGAGGAAAGAUUCGGUAUCGUUGCUAGUAUAGCCAAUUAGCUGGAUCAGUAAGUCCGAAUUGACCAUUGGGUUCUGUUAAACAUUUUUUGGUAUUACGACGGGAAAAAGAUGAAUAUACUGCAUCUAAAAUUAUCUCCCCUAUAUAAACUAGGCGGUUAUUUCUGUUGUCGCCAAUGUUCUCACAGCGAUAUAGGAGGCCUGACAGGAGGCCUGACAAACUGUACGACGAUGUGCGCUUUGAAAAUCGUCCCUACCUCGAUUUUGAGUAAGCGCUUUAAUGGUCCCUUCAGUAUGUUAUUGUUACUAAUACGCUGAUAUUAUUGUUUUUUAUUUACGUUUUGUCAUUUGAAACCCAACAUUUCAAGGUCUCGAAAUGCUGCACCGGUUAAAUGUCUAGUUAUAAUAAAUAAUCUAAAUAUGUACAAGACAAGUAAAUAUAUAACAAAUAAUUAAUAAUAAAGUAACAAGAAUACUUAUUACUCUAAAAAAGAAUACUAUUAGAAUGGACUUGUUAUAUACAUCAACCUAUAGUGAGGAAUACAUUGUCGGUCAUGCUACUUUAAAGCACCUCUAGAUAACUGAAAACAUAUCGCAAUGCUUGCAAAAAUCCGUCCGUAGUUUUCGAUAUUUGGUGACUGAUAAGGGGUCAAUUAGCCGGCCCUAGAUAUUUGCUGAGUGAUAAGGGAUCUCAUUUGCUCCGCUGGGUGUUGCGUUUUCAACAGUUCCAAAGCAGAUGCAUCCCGUCGUCUUCAAUAAGGAUGUCAUUAAUCAUGAACGUGCUUUGGUAGAUACUAAAUGAUGCAAAUAUGAACUUAAAAGGGCAAUGCUAUUAGACUUCCUCGUCGGUAACGGGUGUGAUAAACAGUGGAAAAAAAAAAAAAGGAGUUUCAACAAUAAUAAACAUAAGUAGACCUAAUUUAUAAAAGCACACCUCUAUCGCCGAAAAGAGCUGGCCGCCGAUGUUGUGUAUAUGAUAAAUGUACAUAAUUAUUGUGUGAAUGAACUAUCAUCGAGCAUUCUGUGUAAAGCGUUCGAUAGACCUAUUCGAUUCUAGGGAAAAUGGAUAUCGUUCCCUAGAGCAUCGCCGAACUUCAAAUGAGAGUGAUAUCGUCUAGAUAAACAAGACUAAGCGUGAACUACCGGACUCAUGGUUUUGUUCGCUCUGAAACGUGUCGUGCAUAAUGUCUCCGAACACGAAAAUUGAGCUUACAAUCGAAGUAAACAGGAUAGAGUUUUUAAAUGGAAAAUAUGUUUCGAUCGUGUUUCCACAGAAAACAAAAAUACAAUAUGUCAACAUAUGGAUAUUAUAGUUAUUCUUAUGGAUGCUGCCGUUCGAUUAUUCUAUAGAGAUAUCGACGAUGAUAAUAUCUUAUGAUUACAAUACUACUAUAAUCUUAAAUUAUUAUAAAGUGAUAAUGGUGACGCCGUAGAUUGUGGUGUUCAUGAUUGACGAUGAUCAUAUAAAAAAAAAAGUAUAAAAAAUCAACAACCAAUACAUAUUUGUGUGCUUUUUUUCACUUACAGCUCUGCUUCUUCCCUCUAUGUAUAAGCGUUUAUAGCGUCUUGAAUGAAUUUCCCAUGAAUUGAAUUGAAUUGAAUGAAUUGUACUGUGAAGCUCUCAGCAUGCCGUCCCACAU